ACAGCCUCUGGGCCAAGCCCACAGAAAAAGGAAACCCUAACGCAUCAAUAUCAGGGUUUUAUUGCCUUCAUCCCAUCAUUUCUGCGCCUCUGUUUCCGUCUUCUCUUCUCCAGCUCCCAAAUCGCAGGUAAGGUGCAGAUACGAGAGAGUAAAAAUGGUGGAUAAAACUAAAGGAAGAAAAGAAGAGGUUGUUACCAGGGAGUACACUAUCAACCUUCACAAGCGCCUCCAUGGAUGCACAUUCAAGAAGAAGGCUCCUAAGGCGAUUAAGGAGAUCAGGAAGUUUGCCCAGAAGGCCAUGGGUACAACAGAUGUAAGGGUGGAUGUGAAGCUAAACAAGUAUGUUUGGAGCCGAGGAAUCAGAAGUGUUCCCAGAAGGGUUAGGGUUCGUAUUGCCCGCAAGAGGAACGAUGAUGAAGAUGCAAAGGAAGAACUUUACUCGCUUGUCACUGUUGCAGAGAUCCCAGCAGAGGGGUUGAAGGGACUAGGCACUAAGGUCAUCGACGAUGAAGAUUAAUUCAUCAAAAUCCAACCUUUUUGAAACAACUGGCAGAGUUUAGUUUUUAUUUUUAUCCUUGCUACUUUUAUUUGGAUUCUAGUAAUUUACAUUUUCCUUGAAUCUAUUACAUUUUGUCUUUGAUGGA